CAGAGCUCAGCUCAGCUCAUCACUCCCGCACUCAACACUUCCGCCACCUUGGCCUCCUCCUCCAUAGCUAGCUAGCAAAGCUGAGCUAGUAGAAGGUAGCAGCCACCCACAGCCACAGGGCCACGAUGGCGUCGACCGCCUCCUUCCUCCCGCUGCUGGCGCUCCUGCUGGUGGCGACGGCGCAUUGCUCGCCGCUGCCCCAGCGGUGCCCGCAGGCGGACCGGCAGGCGCUGCUCCGGGUGAAGCAGGCGCUGGGCAGCCCGGCGACGCUGAAGACGUGGUCGCCGGCGUCGGCGGACUGCUGCGCGUGGGACCACCUCACGUGCAACGAGGCCGGCCGCGUGAACAACGUCUUCAUCGACGGCGCCGACGACGUGCGCGGCCAGAUCCCGUCCGCGCUGGCGGGGCUGACGGCGCUCAUGUCGCUCUCGCUCUUCCGCCUCCCGGGCCUCCAGGGCUCCAUCCCGGCCUGCCUCACCUCCCUCUCCAAGCUCGAGUUCCUCACCGUCUCCCACACCAACGUCUCCGGCUCCAUCCCGGAGUCCCUGGCGCGCCUCCACAGCCUCGACUCCGUGGACCUCUCCAACAACAAGCUCACGGGCUCCAUCCCCAACUCCUUCGCCGACAUGCCCAACCUCCGGUCGCUGGACCUCCGCCGGAACCAGCUCACCGGCCACAUCCCGGCCAGCCUCGUGCAGGGGCAGUUCCGGUCGCUGGUGCUGUCCUACAACCAGCUGACGGGCCCGAUCCCGCGCGACGACGCGCAGGACGAGAUCAACACCGUGGAUCUGUCGCACAACCAGCUGAGCGGCGACGCGUCCUUCCUCUUCUCCGAGGGGCGGCCCAUCGGCAAGGUGGACCUGUCCUACAACAACCUCGAGUUCGACCUGAGCAAGCUCAAGUUCCCCAAGGAGCUCACGUACCUGGACCUGAGCCACAACCGCAUCAGCGGCACCGUGCCCAGGUCGCUGGAGGCGCUGUCCACGCUGCAGACGCUGGACCUCAGCUACAACAACCUCUGCGGGCCGCUCCCCAAGCUGCACGGCGUCAUGCGGCACGGCUGCAAGCCCUACGAGCACAACCUGUGCCACCGUGGGGCGCCGCUGGAGAGCAGCUGCCACCAGCUCUGAGCUCGUGAGCUCGCUCGCCGCCGGCAGGCGUACGUUAUAUGAGUGGUGUGUUGGCGUUCUCGUGCGCGUGCGUACGUACGUGGUUAUGUGUACGAACUACGAAGGACGGUGCUUUGGGGCUUAGCAAACUAGUGGAGUGGAGCACCGCGCUGGUGGUAAUGCCUGACACGCGCGGUCCUUGAGCUCUGUGUACGAAACGAUAGAGAUGUGUGCGUGCUGUGUGUGUGCCGUCUGGAGAUGCGCCAGAGAGUGUGUGUUGCCGUGUUUGGGAUGGAUCAUCCCAGUUACCUGAUGUAUCAAGUGUUAAAUGGUAAUUAUGUUUGGCUUACUUUCA